AUGCCCAGCAAGGCUGACGACCCGAAUGUGCCGAUGGCUCCGACGCCUGCAAUCGAAGGUGUCGACCACAACGGCCUUGUGGUGGGCAAGUGGAAGAACGGAUUGUUCGGCAGUUGCUACAUGAACUGCGUCCCGAAUGCCAUCACGCCGCUAUUCUGCCCUGGUAUCUCGAUGGCGCAGAUCUGCGCGCGUCUAGGCAUCGCCAACUUCUUCGCUGUGCUCUUCUCGUACUUGUCUGUCGACGGUCUCGUAUUCGGUGCUGCGGUGACCAAAGUCGACGUGCUGAGCACGCUCGCUGUGAUCAUGGGCGCGCUGGUGAUGCUCUUCACGAUUCGCAUUCGAUUCCGUAUGCGGUACCUGUUCUCCAUCCCUGGAUCGUUAAUGGAGGACAUCUUCGCAUCCGUAUUCUGCUGCUGCUGUGCCGUUGCGCAGAUGGCGGACCACUCGGAGUCGUUCGAGCCCAAUACGUUUGCCGUUCUACCUCGAGCAACACUACCUGGCUACACCUUCGGUUAA